AUGGGCAAAAGAAAUAAGAACCGUAAAGAUGACACUAGUUCUGAGAAAAAGGAUGAAGUUACAGUUGUUACAAAAACUAGUGAAGAAAUAACUGUUAAUAAAGUUAAAGGGUCCAAAAAGAAGAAUAAAGUAAAUGAAGAUAACAAAACAGGUACUGCGAAGAGAAUUAAAUAUAAUGACGCCGAAACACCCAAGAAAAUUAAAUUUGGUGAAGAUGGGAAUCCUGAACAAAUAUCUAGUAAUUCGUCACACAAAAUAGAAAAUAAAGAUAAGUCAUACUUAAAUGUAGAGGAACAGCAAGUUAACGAUGAUGAAAUUGACCAGUUUUGUGACGAAAUCGAUGAACAAGACAACAAACAAUACGAAAACUGGAUUUUGUUACUCGAAGAAAAGUUAGAUAAUACUGGAGAUAGAGUAAAGAAUAAAAACAAAACAAAGAAUAAAAGUAUUGUAUAG